UCCCUUCCUCCUCCUCUUCCCUCCUCUUCCCCACCUUCCUCCACCCCCUCCUUCCCCUCCCCUUCUCCCUCCUCCUCCUCCUCUAGCUCAGGUUGCAGCUCUUCCCGGGAGCCGCUCACCUUUCCGGAGCAGGGGAGCAGCCCCGAGCCCGGGCAGGGAUCCCGGCAGGGCGCAGGGCGCAGAGCGCAGGGCACGGCGCUCAACCCCGCGGCGCCCCUGCCGUCGUGGGCGGGAGCCGGCGCGCCGCGGCCCCCAGGACACGCGCGGACCCGGAAGCCCGAUCCCUGAUGAUAAUGAACAAGAUGAAGAACUUCAAGCGCCGUUUCUCCUUGUCAGUACCUCGCACCGAGACCAUCGAGGAAUCCUUGGCUGAGUUCACCGAGCAGUUCAACCAGCUCCACAACCGGCGGAAUGAGGAUCUGCAGCUCGGUCCUCUUGGUGGAGACCCCCAGCCAGAGUCCAGCACCUUCUCCCCCACAGAGAGCAGAGAGGACCCCAAACAGCCAUCGCCCAGCCUGCAGUACCGGAGGCACAACCAGCGCCGCUUCUCCAUGGAGGACAUCAGCAAGAGGCUCUCUCUACCCAUGGAUAUCCGCCUGCCCCAGGAGUUCCUGCAGAAGCUACAGCUGGAGAACCCAGACCUGCCCAAGCCACUCAGCCGCAUGUCUCGCCGUGCUUCCCUGUCAGACAUCGGCUUUGGGAAACUGGAAACGUAUGUGAAACUGGACAAGCUGGGGGAGGGCACGUAUGCCACAGUCUUUAAAGGGCGCAGCAAACUGACGGAGAACCUAGUGGCCUUGAAGGAGAUCCGGCUGGAGCAUGAGGAGGGGGCACCCUGCACUGCCAUCCGAGAGGUGUCCCUGCUGAAGAACCUGAAGCACGCCAACAUCGUGACUUUGCACGACCUCAUCCACACGGAGCGGUCCCUCACCCUGGUGUUUGAGUACCUGGACAGUGACCUGAAGCAGUAUCUGGACCACUGUGGCAACCUCAUGAGCAUGCACAACGUCAAGAUUUUCAUGUUCCAGCUGCUUCGGGGCCUCGCUUACUGCCACCGCCGUAAGAUCCUGCACCGGGACCUGAAACCCCAGAACCUGCUCAUCAACGAGAGGGGAGAGCUGAAGUUGGCCGACUUUGGACUGGCCCGGGCCAAGUCAGUGCCCACAAAGACCUACUCCAACGAGGUGGUGACCCUGUGGUACAGGCCCCCCGAAGUGCUGCUGGGGUCCACGGAGUACUCCACCCCCAUCGACAUGUGGGGUGUGGGCUGCAUCCACUACGAGAUGGCCACAGGGAGGCCCCUCUUCCCCGGCUCCACGGUCAAGGAGGAGCUGCACCUCAUCUUCCGCCUCCUCGGGACCCCUACAGAAGACACGUGGCCAGGUGUGAUGGCCAUCUCCGAGUUCCGAGCCUACAACUUCCCCCGGUACCUCCCCCAGCCGCUCAUCAGCCACGCUCCCAGGUUGGAUAGUGAAGGCAUCAACCUCCUCAGCAGCCUCCUCCUGUACGAAUCCAAGAGCCGAGUGUCAGCAGAGGCAGCCCUGAGCCACCCUUACUUUCGAUCUCUGGGAGAGCAUGUGUACCAGCUGGAAGACACUGCCUCCAUCUUCUCCCUGAAGGAGAUCCAGCUGCAGAAGGACCCGGGCUACCGGGGCUUGGCCUUUCAGCAGCCAGGUCGAGGGAAAAACCGGCGGCAGAGCAUCUUCUGAGCCGUGGCCCACCGUGCUCCGGCUGUGGGCUGAGGUCAUGCCAAGGAAACCGCGGGUAGGAAGGGCCUGCGCUGCCCUCCGAGGACUGAGGAACGCGUCCAGAAGACAGCUGGUAGCCUUGCUGGCUGUGGCCGUUUCCUCUCCCCGCUUCCCACAUACCUCCCCGCUGGCCUUCGCCCGGGUGUCAACUCCUCCAUCAUCUGCGCUGGGGCGGGGCACGCGCUGCUUCCCAGGAAAGGCUCUCAGGCCGUUCCCCACCUUGAAGUGCUUGGGCGCCAGCACGGGACCUGCACAGACAGGAGAGCCCAGGUGCCAGGCUGAGUGCCGUGCCCCGGACGUGGGCACCACCCUCACGGCUCUGCCUGCCUCAGUGGUUUGGCACAGCCCCCUUCCAGCUCCUUGGAGCCCACCCAGCUUUCACCUUCUUCCUCUCAGAGAGCAGGAAAGGACCCGGCACCUCCUCUGGGAUCCUGGAAUGCUGGCUGCCCACACCUGUGCCAAAGCCCACCCCUCACCUGAGGGGCCCAUUUCCCUGGAGCCACAGAAGGAAUAGUAGCCCAUCCCUUCUUGCCAUCCCUGCCCUGCACCCCCUGGCCCUCUCCUCACCCUGGGUCCCAUGUGCCUGCAGGCUUGAAUGGGAUGCUGACAGAUGCCCUACUAGGCCUAGAGGAGCCUGGUACUGCCAGCUGCACUCCGGCUAUCCUCCGCCAGCCCCCGUACCAUUUCACCAGUCGGAAUGGAAUUGCCUUAAAAUGGCAGGUGGUAGAGGGCUUGCUGCCCUUGGAGCUGUGGCCCAAGCUCCUCCCUGUGCACCCCUCCCCGAGAGUGGCUCCCACUUAUCACCCCUGAGCUCUGAUAAGCUCCCAGAUCAGGGGACUGGGGACGGCACCCAGAUAGGCAGGGCCACCCUGAUAGCCGUGCCAGGCUGGCCUUGGUUCCUCAGGGCCAGCACAGCCUCCCCUGUCCCCUCCUAACCAGGUGGACCCUGUCCUGGCUGUACCUGAUCCUGACACAGCCUCCCCCGGCCCCCACCCUCCCCAGAGGAGUAAUCACAGGCCUGCGUGUAAAUGCCUCAGUCUGGGGCGGAGGAAGGCAGGCUCUGAUCCCCAGAGUUCUGCCCCAGGAGGCUGGAAGUCUGAUGGGCUAUGGCUCCUCAAAAAAUCACCCCCUCAGCACCCCCUGCCCAGCCUGGUGGUCUCAGAGCUCCCUGCCCGCCCCUCUACUUCCCUCCCUGGAGGAAAGCCUCCCCACACUCCUCCACUGUACUGCGAAUGUCCUAUGACUCGGCACAAAGACAGAUAAUAUAUUUAAUUCAUGUUGUACAGAGAGGAGCGAGCAGUCUCAUGCAGAAAAGCUGAUUUUGACAGAUUGAUGCCAAAGACCCAAGGCCCUUCUGCAGGCCUACAGAAUGUGGGUGGGGCUAGCUUAUAUAUAAAGUGAAGAGAGACUUG